AUGUCUACCCCUACUUCUACUCCCCGACCCCUCGCCGUACCCACUCUCAUACUCAACAAUGGGCAGAAGAUGCCUGCAGUUGGUAUGGGUUGUUGGAUGGGACAACCUGGAAAGGCGGAGGAGGUCAAAGAGAUGUGCAAAAAAGCGUUGGAGAUCGGAUACAGGCAUUUCGAUACGGCAUCCGGCUACGCCAACGAGAAAGCCGUAGGAGAAGCCAUUCGCGAAUCUGGAAUUCCCCGGGAAGAAAUCUUCGUUACUACGAAGCUGUGGAGUGCGGACCAUCACCGCGUCGAAGAGGCGUUCGAAAACUCGCUCAAGGAGCUCGACAUCGGAUACAUCGACCUCUACCUCAUGCACUGGCCUCAGGCCAUCAUCGACAACAAAGUCCUCCCACCAGGCGAAUCCCCAACCUUCACCGAAACCUACCUCUCAAUGCAACGCCUCCUCUCCACCCACCCCACCCACCUCCGCUCCAUCGGAAUCUCCAACUUCUCCAUCCUCACCCUCACCACCCUCCUCGCCUCUCCCGACCUGUCCAUCAUCCCCGCCGUCAACCAGAUCGAAAUGCACCCCCAUCUCCCACAAAGCGAUCUCAAAGCCUUCUGCGACUCCAAAGGCAUCAAACUCGUGGCGUAUUCGCCUUUGGGGGCUCCGCCUGCUGCGGACGAGGAAGAUAGAGCGAGGAGAGCAAAGGUGAAGGGUGUUGCGGAGAAGUAUGGGGUUAGUGAGGGGACGGUGGUGUUGAGUUGGGGGGUCAAGAGGGGUACGGCGGUUAUUCCGAAGAGCGCGAACCCGAAGAGGAUGAGGGAUAACUUCAACUUGAUCGACUUGAGCGACGAAGAUAUACAGGUCCUCGACGGGAUCCAUCAAGAGGAAGAUCAACAUAUGAGCCUCUUGACGUUCUACGCGGAGGCGCCGGGCCAAAUAUUCGGUUGGACUUACGAGCAACUCGGGUGGGAGAGGGACGAGCGGGGCCAUGUCAUCAGUAAGGCUUGA